GCGGUUUUUUGUUUUAUAUUUACAUUAAAAAUGGGUCAUGGAUGGGUAUUCCAGCAUGACAAUGACCUAAAACACACGGCCAGGGCAACAAAGAUGUGGUUCAAGAAGAAGCACAUUAAGGUCCGACGUAUUUUCCCAACACAAGGAGGCUUUGGUGUUUACAUGAGUGUGGCUGCGUACAGCCAAUUACUUGUAUGACAGGCUGCAUGGUGCAUCUCGCGAAGGAAAGCACCCAGAAAUUGACAUUAGGUGCAUAAAACGCCUAUAAAAAGCCGUGUGAAUGAACCCUAAAGUGUAUGUAUAAUAUAGUAUGUAUAGUUUUCUUUUUUCAGUUUAAGAGGGCUUGGAACUUCAGUCUGGUUUUACUUCUCUCCAGAGCUCUGUUAAAUAAGUUACUUCGACAGAAAAAGUCCGAUGGAGCCUACACACAGUCGGAAUUUUCGACCAAAAGCUCACAUCGAACUUUUCUUGUCGGACUUUCUGAUCGUAUGUACACGGGAUAAGCGAAGUGGAAGUGUUGGCUUUAUCACUACUUUAAUCUUUUCCUGUAUAAACUGUUGUAAAAAUGCAUCUUUAAAACACAGUGUCUCCUGUUGGCUUGAUUUGACAGAAUCUCCAUCAUUCUGAAGAUCUCCAAUGUCUGUGACGAGAUGCUCCACCUAUAUAGAAGACUGCACAGGAGGGCAAUACAAGGCUGGAUACAGCAUCGAGUGAAAUACUCCAAGAAGCAGUCGUCGAGGUGGCAAGCAAGGUCAAGGAAGCAAGCAAGGCAGUUGGUAAGGAAGAAAGCAAGGCAGUUGGUAAGGAAGCACGCAAGGUUGUCAUCGAUGUGCCUUGCACCGAUGUGGGAAGCAAGUUUAGCCUUGACAACUUCAUCUUUCACAAAAUUCUUGGUCAAGGAGCAUUCGGAAGAGUCGCCCUGGCAUCCCAUCCUGCCACAGACCAGAAACUGGCAGUCAAGGUGAUAAAGAAGAGAAAAUUAUUAAAUCUAGAUCCUCAAAGUAUUCUUAUGGAGAGACAAAUACUUGAAGACGUUGGAGAGAGUCUUUUUUGUACACACGCCUAUGGAACCUUCCAAUCAGAAGAAGAUCUUUUUUUCGUUAUGGAGUACAUGAGAGGAGGAGAACUAUCCAACCUGAUCAAGACUUCUGCUCCAUUAUCAACUGCUGCAAUAAGAUUUAUUGCUGCUGAACUUCUCUGUGCUCUACAAUAUCUGCACAGCAAUGGCAUCGUUCAUAGAGACUUGAAACCCGACAACAUACUACUUGACGACUCCGGCCAUGUGAAACUCGCAGACUUUGGCCUUUCAAAAUGCAACGUGUUUGGAUCCCAAAAGAUGUACAGUGGUGUUGGCACUCCAGUCUAUAUGGCCCCAGAGGUUGGCCAAAGAAGACCCUACGAUGCUAUGGUCGACUAUUAUUCACUUGGUGUCAUCCUGUUUGAAAUGGCCACAGGAGCAGAUCCACAAUCAGUCAGAUACAGGAACCAGAUCCAUCGAAGGAACAUUGACCCUGACCUUCGAGAUGUCAUUGAUCAACUUCUUUUAAAUUGUCCAAAAUGGCGCAGGAGGACAGUCGAAAGAUUGCGAGGACACCGAUUCUUCGGCCCGAUCAACUGGGAUGAAAUGGAGGCAGGAUUGGCCACCCCACCAUUGCAGAUGCGAAAAUGGCCAGAAAUAGACAUGAACAAGCAAAUUGGAGUGGAUAACCUGAUUCUACAACCCAGAACGAAAUUAAUGAAGAUACCACGAAGGCAGCAGUUAUUGUUUAAGGACUUUGACUUCACAAGCAAAAAAUGGAGAAGGAUGCUGUACCGCCAUGAAAGAACGAGGACUCAUUCAUACCAUCUGCAUUGAGAUCUUCAGCACAGAUCUGGGGGGCUCUGAUGUUGAGAUCAGUAAUGCGGGGGUCUGAUGAGGAGUCACUGAUGUGGGGGUCUCUGAUGAGGAGUCACUCAUGUUUGGAUUCUGAUGUGUGAGGCUCUGAUGUGUAGGACUCUGAUGUGGGGUCAAUGAUGAGGAGUCACAAAUGUGGGGGCUCUGAUGAGAGGGUCUGUGAUGUGUGAGACUCUGAUGUGAGGUCAAUGAUGAGGAGUCAGAAAUGUGGGGGCUCUGAUUAAAUGGUCAUUGAUAUGGGGUCUGUCAUGUAGAGGUCUGUGAUGUGUGGGACUCUGAAGUGAGGGACUCUGAUGUGAGGUCUCUGAUGAGUCACUGAUUUGGGGGCUCUGAUGUGGGGGUAUCUGAUGUGGGGCUCAGUGAUAUUGGGAUUCUACAACCCAGAAGGAAAUUGAUGAAGAUACCACAAAAGCAGCAGGAAUUGUUUAAGGACUUUGACUUCACAAGCACAAAAUGGAAAGGAUGAUGUAUCGCCAUAAAAGAACGAGGACUCAUUCAUACCAUCUGCAUUGAGAUCUUCAGCACAGAUCUGGGGGGAUCUGAUGUUGACAUCACUAAUGCAGGGGUCUGAUGAGGAGUCACUGAUGUGGGUACUCUGAUGUGUGAGGCUCUGAUGUGUAGGACUCUGAUGUGUGAGGCUCUGUGUGUAGGACUCUGAUGUGGGGUCAAUGAUGAGGAGUCACAAAUGUGGGGGCUCUGAUUAAAUGGUCAUUGAUAUGGGGUCUGUCAUGUAGAGGUCUGUGAUGUGUGGGACUCUGAAGUGAGGGAUUCUGAUGUGGGGUCUCUGAUGAGUCACUGAUUUGGGGGCUCUGAUGUGGGGGAUUCUGAUGUGGGGCUCGGUGAUAUUGGGAUUCUACGAUAGAAUGGGG